ACCAAUGAAUUUAACAUAAAUCACACAUUUAGCAAAGGUUCCACACAAUUUACUGGCUUACUCGGGCCAUGUUUAGCAGUUAUAAUGGGACAUGCAUUGUGCUUCCCUUGAUGGUUUCAGAAUUUGUAAAUAUCAUAUGGGAGUUAAAUGUUCUGUUGACAAACAAGCUGGGAUUUUUCCGUUGUUUUCAUUGGAUCAGUGAAGUUCUCUGGACCACCCUUAUCCACAAUCUUGAGUUCUGACGUGGCCUUAUCCAUUAUAUGUGUCACCUUCACAUUCAACAAUUUCUGAAGCCAAUUUAAACAUCUUCUUUCGAGUAAAACAAUCAGAAUUAGCAUCACCAAAAUGGCAUCAAUAGCGCCACUGCAGAGUUUUUAUACUAUUACUAAGACAAGGAGGCAUUUGGCCGUAGCAAGUAGCCCUUCUCUCACAGGCUUUUCUGCUUUACCAACACCAACUGGUAGGGUGUUGAAGAAUAAAAAAAGAUCAUUGACGGUGGUUGCAGCCGUCGGAGACGUCUCAGCUGAUGGCACCACCUACUUAUUUAUCGGUGCAGCCACUGUUGCCCUGCUCGGAACUGCCUUUCCAGUCCUCUUCUCCCGCAAGGACACCUGCCCUGAAUGCGACGGAGCAGGUUUUGUUCGGAAAUCAGGAGUUACCCUGAGGGCAAACGCAGCUCGAAAGGAUGAGACUCAGAUUGUCUGUGCUCGUUGCAGUGGCCUUGGAAAGCUCAAUCAAAUUGAUAAAUAAAAAAUUACUGUGUUUUGUAAUUUUGAACUUUAGCCCUGCUGUAAUUUCAGUACCAUGAAGUCCCGACACUGUUAUACUGUAACUCCUACCUCAAAUUUUCCUACGUUUAUCACCAUGAUGAUAUAUUUCUUCUUCUUUAAUCUAAUUUUACAUUUGUAAUA